AUGGCAGCGAUUUUUGCUAGCUGGUGGGAUCAGACUUCCUUGGGGACAUGUAUAGAUGACAGAGUUGCUAAUUCCUCACCAUCCUCCCAACUGUCCCCCAUUGAUGUCUUUCAAUGGCCCGUCACAGCCUCCGAGCCAUCUUUGCUGGCCCAAAUAUCUUAUAAUUCAACGUCUAUGAAAUCAGACCUGGUCUCUUAUUCGCCCUCACAUGCUCUUCAGGCACUGAAUUCCUCGGAAUUAGUUCGCAUUGGUCUCUUCGCAACCACCGCUUCAGGUCUCAAGCACUGGGUUGGGACAGUGACUUCCUGGUCCUCACUCACGGGAGAUGAUGAUCGCCGCCCGAUUCUUCGACUUUACAUUGGGUCAUCACAUCAAGUUGGAAUAUAUAAUGUUGCCGUGAUUCCUUCUGCCGCAUUCGUUGCCUCCGCAAAUCUAGUCAGCCCUUUAGUGGAACUAGCCUCGAACGAGGCUGGUCCGCGUGCGCAUCUGAAUCAACCUGUGAUAGUAGGUCCGGAUGGUAAGAACACAGAUGAAGCCAUUGAGAAAACAUUCCUCCAGAAGUAUUGGUGGAUCUUCCUAAUAGUCACAUUUCUGGCCAUGUCCGGGGGAGGAGAAGCACAAUAG